GGCGACGUUAAGUGGACACAGACCUUCCCGUUUUCUGGCUUUUGGACACAAAAUAGCAUUGUUUGUUUGUUUAUUUAUUUGUUUGUGUCCUCUACGAUAUUUUUUAAUACUCAUAAACAUAAGUUAAAGUAAAAAAAAAAAAAAAAAAAAAAAAUCCCCGCAGGUGCGUCACGUGACACAACAGAGGCUCCAACAUGGCGGCGACGUGAAGCGGAGCCAAACCGUCCCGUGUUCCCGCUUUUGGACAUCUUCUGGGACAUUUCACGGCUUUUUGUCUGUUUUCGGGAGGGUCACCGCCCGGCUCUCGGUGCGUCCCCGCGGCGUGCUGACGGCUGACUCGCCGCAGGGCAGGUGCAGGGUGACCUGCAGACAGUGGGCGGAGCUUUCCCAAAGCUCCACACAGCAGCUGGUUGCGGGUUCGAUUCCCUCUGUGUGUUUGUGUGUCUCGGCUCUGAGGCAGCAUGCCGCCGAAAAGCAGCGAGCACUUCAAACCAGGAGACCUGGUGUUCGCCAAGAUGAAGGGCUUCCCUUACUGGCCUGGCAGGAUCUUUAAGGGCGAGGACGGCAGUAAGAAGAGAAUCGCAGUCUUCUUCUUUGGAACCCAUAACAUUGGUCUCCUCCCUCCUGAAAACAUCGUGUCCUUCCUCGGUAACAAGCAGAAGUUCGGCAGCGGCGUUCGAAUCCGAGGCUUCGCCGAGGGCAUGUGGGAGAUCCAGAACACACCGGGAGUGGGAAGCAAACUCAAGUUGCCAACAAAGAAAACAGAAACAAAAUCUCCACCCAGAGCCUCUGCUGCCAAACCAGCCGCUGCCGCCAAACCUGCCAGCGACAAGCCGACGCCUGCGAAAGCCACCGCCGCGGCGAGUACUGCGAAAACCACCGCCACGGCGAGUACUGCGAAAGCUGCGAACACUGAAAAAUCCACAAAAAGUACUGUUAAAGUUACUACAAGCACCGCAAAAGCCUCAGCCAGUAUUGAAAAAAUGGAAAAAGUUACGACAAGGACUACAAAAGGUACGAUAAGUACUGAGGAAGCUACCGCAAGUACUGCAAAAGUUACUACAAGGAGCGCCAAAGCCACAAGUAGUGAAAAAGUUUCUCCCGGUGCUGCUUCAGAGAAACCAGCAGACUCCAAACCCGCCCCGGAAAAAUCCUCUGCUUCAAAAGCUGCUAGCACCUCCGCCGCAGAGACCAGGAGUACCGCUGCUGGUACUGCAGGAGCCACGGGUACUACUACAAGUACUGCUACUGCUACACCCGCUGACCCCGCCGCUAAAGCCUCGGUCAAGCCGACGCCUGCGAAAACCACCGCCGCUGCUGCACCGAGUACCGCAAAAGCUACGUCAGGUACCGCAGCGACCACAAGGAGCGCCACAAAGGCUGCAAGUAAUGACACCUCCUCAAAAAGUACUGCAAAAGUUACUGCAAGCACCUCGAAAGUUACUGCAAGCACCUCAAAAGUUACUACAAGGACUGCUAAAGCUGCCACAAGUAUUGAGAAAGUCUCUGCCACCGCUUCCACUGCAGAGACUACCAGCACUACUACUGCUAGUACUGCAGCAGCCACUGGUGCUACUACAAGUACUACUACAAGUACUACUACUAAUACUACUACUAGUACCACUGUUACAAGGAGCAAGGCGGCGGCCGGCGGCGACUCGUCUGCAGGAGAUGCUGGUAAAACUGGAUCGAUGGUCACCGCUGCAGAGAGAGAGGUGGAGACGAGGAAGAGGACGGCUGCCGGUCCUGCUGUCAGCACGCCAGCCGCUAAGAAAGUGAAGCCGUCUGAGCCGAGCGCUGCUGCUUCGACGACGUCCGACGACAGCAGAGAGCAGAAAGACCAGGAGGAUGGAGAGAAGAGGAAGACAACAGAGGAAAAGCAGCCAGAGAGCCAGGCGGCCAAGAGGAAGAGAAGAGAGGAGGAGGAGGAGGAGGAGAGGAAGAAGAAGACGAAGAAGGACGAUGUGGAAGAGGUGAAAGAUAAAAAGGCGGAGAAAGAGAAGGAGGGAAAACAAGCGGACACAGAGAAGGAGGAGGAGGAGGAGGAGCGCGGCAGCUCUGCAGACGAAGAGCGUCAGCGUCGCCUGGCGUCCAAGAGGGAGAGUGUGCUGAGGUCUCUGCGAGGCCUGCUGAAGGCUGGGAGGGGACUGAGGAAGGAGCCCGGCAAGAACACACAGAAAACUGCGGACGCGGGAAAGAAGAAGCAGGUGAUGAAAUCUGACAGCAGAAACAAAAAGGCUGACAUCAGAAAAUCAUCCGUCGCCAAGGUGACCGGCAGGAAGACGCGCGUCAGAACCAUCGCCGGCAAGAAAACCGCCGACAGAACGAAGGAGGUCAAAACGCCGCAGAGCAAGAUCAGCAAAGCAGCCGAGGUCAAACAGAAACCAGCGGCUCGGAGAGACGACGAGAAGGAGGUGAAGAAGAUGGAGCUGAGGACGAAGGAGGUGAAGGCGGACGAACGGAAAACGGAGGCGAGGAAAGCGGCGGAGAAAUCGACGAAACCGGAGGAGUCGAAGAAGACGGACGGGCAGAACAAAGGCAGCGGCAAAGCGGCGAGCAGAACAACAGAGGAAGCGAAGGUGAAGGAGAAGAACGACGGGCAGAAAACGGAGGGGAAGACGAAGGCCGAAGUGGCAAACACCGCGAAGAAAGAGGAAAAGAGCGACGAGGGAGAGAGGAAGGAGGGAGCGAAGGAAGACGAGGGAGGGAAGACCGGGGAGAGGAAGAUCAUCGGGAAAAUCGUGAAAGCGACGGCGGGGCAGGGAGCCAAGAUCCAGGUGAAGAGGAUGAUGGGUGGAGCGACGGCGGCGGAGAAGGAGGGCAAAGAUGAAAAGGUGGAGCCGCAGAAAACAAAAGAGGAGAAGAAGGAUGUGAGUACGAAGAUGGACGGCAGGAAGGCGGAGGAGAGGAGGAGCUCGGAGAGGAGAGGGAGCAGCAGAACAAACGCAGAGGACGGGAAGGUUGAGAAAAAGGUGACGGUGGAAAAUAAAAACGAGAGGAGCGACGUAGAGGAAAAGGACGGGAAGAGCAAAGACGAGAGACAGAGGAGGAGCAGGGACGAGGGAAAGACGGAGGAGAAGACGACGACGGACGACAGGAAGACGCCGAAAAAGAGUGAAGAGGACGGGAAAGGUCAGAGAACGAGUGCAGAAAGGAAAUCGCUGGAGAGGAAAACCGCAGGAGAGACGGAGAACGAAAAGAAGACGGGAAAGCCAGGAAGGGUGUGGGUGAAGAAGCCCUCGAGCGAGGAGGAGGAGAAGAAAACGACAGCAGAGCAGACGAAGAGCACGAGCGCCGACGAGCCGAAAGCGCAGAAGAACGCCGAGGCUGGCGAGGCGAGCGCGAGCCAAACCAAGAAGAUUCCCAAAGAGGAGAAACCCGGGAAAACCGACGCCGGGACGCCGAACAGCGGCAGCGGAGAGAGGAAGACGGGGAAAACGAGCGAGGAGGAGGAGUGGACGAAACGCGAGGUCGACUCGUCGAGUGGAGGAAGAGAGGCGGCGAGGGAGGAGCGUCCGCCGCCGGACGCUCAGCCGCAGAGGAAGGACGCCGCCAAGACCCCGCCCAUGACGCUGGUGGACUCCACCCUGCACAGGAUCCACGGAGACAUCCGGAUCUCUCUGAAGACCAGCAACCCUGACAUCAGGAAGUGUCUGUCAGCGCUGGACCAGCUCAGCAUGGUGUACGUGACGUCGCAGCACGUCAAGAGGCACAGCGAGCUCGUGGCCACGCUGAGGAAGAUGCGGGCGUACCGGGCGAGCCAGGCCGUGAUGGAAAAGGCGUCGAUGCUCUACAGCCGCUUCAAGAACGCCUUCCUGCUGGGCGAGGGCGAGGAGGUGGUGAGCGCCGCCUUCCUGCGCUCGCUGCUGCAGGAGAAGGAGCAGGAGGAGGCGCAGAGGGCCGAGCGCUGCCGCGACAGGAGGAGGAGGGAGGAGCUGCUGCAGGAGGUCAGGCGACGCAUGGGCCAGGUGGAGGAGAGG